CUGAUUUGAACUGAUCUGAACUGAACUGAUUUGAACUCAUCUGAACUGAUCUGAUCUGAACUGAUUUGAACUGAUCUGAACUGAUUUGAACUGAUUUGAACUGAUCUGAACUGAUCUGAACUGAACUGAACUUUCACAAACUCCCUACAUUGUAUAUCCCCCAGAGUAUCUCUUCAACUGUGAACAUCGUCUCGUGGAAUGAGGUCUCGUCCCGCAACUCUAGUCGAAACUCAUUAAUUUUUCUUCCGAAUAUAUUCUCGCACAGGUAAUUUCCCCGGACCAAUUUAAUAUGUACCGUAAUGCGCCCACUUAUCUUCUAGUCCAUCCAGCGGCAUCGCACGCUGGUGAAUAUUGAAAGCUCAUUACAUCAAUUUUCUGAAAUCAUCCGAUGCCACACGCAACCCACUCUGGGGUUUUACUCAGUUAAAUUUAAUGAGUGCAGCAGAGUUCAUGAUUCGUCGCAGACGUACGAUGACGGUGGUCGAUACAUCUGAACGGCCCUUCCCAUUGUACUUUCGGUAUCUUCUAGGGGGAGACAUCCGCAUGCUCCAGGCCACCGGAUUGUACUCCAUGGGGAGUAUUAUGGAGGGCUGUCAGCCGAAAUGGUACUUUUGGGAAGUUCUGCCUUUUGUCGUUGUCAUACCCGCCCUAAUUUUCGGCCUAGGAUGUAAUAUAACCAACAUUAUUGGACUUGUACAGACUGAUUACAUGUUCGCGAUUGAAGUGGCCGCCGCCACACUCUCGAGUACACUAACGACGUUCAAAGGGUAUCGACUGUGUGCUUAUCGACGAGAAUUUUACUGCUUGAUAAAGACCUGCCAUGAUCACUGGAAUAUUCAGGUGUCUCAGAAUCAGAUCACUGGAGGUAUCGUGGGAACAGCGAAAAAAGCACGUUUUUUCAGGAUUUUUUAUGCUUUCGUGAUUAUUGUACUUCUGUCGACGUAUGUGGUACAGGCACUGGGGGGAUAUUUUUUGAACGACCACGAUCCAGCGAAUGAAUCGUUAAAAUUCACGAAAACAGUCUAUCCAGCUCGUUAUCCUUUUCACAUAAAUACUCCCAGAGGAUUUUUCAUAUGUGUAGCUAUAGAAACCAUGGGAAUGUAUUUUAUAAGUUUAUAUUGGAUAAUAGUAGAUGCACUUUUUGCUCAAUUGACUACACAUUUGUCUCUUCAUUUUCAAAUUCUUUCGGAGAAGGUCCGGAAAAUAUGUCCCAGUGAAACAAUUCCAUCCUCGUCGUCAGCCAUAAUUUCUAAUCGCUUGAAGACAAUUGUCGAUGAGUACCUGGAAUUAUUCAAAUACGUCAGGUCUUUGGAACAAUUGUACAAUCCAAUAUUGUUCGCCACUGUUCUGGUCAAUGGAAUUGAUCUCUGCACCUGCCUCUACAGUCUCCAAUAUAGAUUGUUGGAGAAUAAUUGGAAAGAUGUUGUCAAAAAUAUGGUACACGCGUGUGGAGUUGCUUUACAAACUCUGAUGUUCUGUACCUGCGCUGAACGAUUGAACAAUCAGAUUGCUGGAGUUCGUGAAGCGUUUUACGAUUGCCCAUGGAUACAAUUUACGAUGCCGAUAAAACUGUCAAUUCUACUGAUGAUUACAUUGAGUCAACGUGAAUACGUCUACUCAACGUACGGUUUUAUACAGCUGAACAUGCCCCAAGUGACAACGAUUUUCACCGCUGCCAUGAGAUACUUCACACUACUGAGGAAUAUUGCUUAACAACAGUCGACCUGGUAGUGAAUUAUUUCAACGAAAAUGGAAACAAGUUAAUGAGAAGAGAUAUAUCGUUUGUUUGUUAUGAG